CAUCAGAUUGAUGAGUUGCUCUAACCUUUCUCCUUAAUCCCCACGCGUUCAGCCUUCCAGGCCUCGCUUCUUCUGGCACGUCCUCCACGCUCCGCGACACCCACGUCUUCUCGCCCCUCCCCUCAAACGCGCAAGGCGCAGAUCCCCGCAUACCCUCCGCAAUCGCCGGAGAAGAGAACUCCGCCGGCGGAGCUAUGUCUGGGGAGGGGGACUUCCAGGAGAUGGCGGCAUCGGUGCCGCCGGCGCUCAAGGCCAUCACGCUCACCCACGUCCGGUACCACCGGGGCGACAAGGUCGGCCUCUUCCUCGCGUGGGUCUCCCUCAUCCCCGUCUUCAUCAGCCUCGGCGGAUUCAUCUCCCACUUCCUCUUCCGUCGCGACCUCCAGGGAAUCUGCUUCGCCGCGGGGCUCCUCGUCUCCCAGUUCCUCAACGAGCUCAUCAAGCACUCCGUCGCGCAGUCCCGCCCGGCCUCGUGCGAGCUGCUCGAGACCUGCGACUCCCACGGCUGGCCCUCCAGCCACGCGCAGUACACCUUCUUCUUCGCUACCUACCUCUCGCUCCUCGUGCUCCGGCGGUCCCCGGCGAGCCGUGUGAUGGCCUCCUUGUCAUGGCCGCUCGCGUUCCUCACCAUGCUGUCCAGGGUGUACCUCGGAUACCACACCGUCCCGCAGGUUUUCGCUGGAGCAGUAGUGGGCCUUGUAUUUGGUGCUAUCUGGUACUGGAUUGCCAAUACCAUUCUUGCCGAAUACUUCCCAAUGAUUGAAGAGAGCACAAUUGGAAGGUGGUUGUAUAUCAAGGAUACUUCACAUAUUGCAAAUGUGCUCAAGUUUGAGUACGAUAAUGCAAGGGCAGCAAGGAAAAAAGUUGCUACUGAUUGAGCAUGUUCUGCUUUUGGAUUGUAUAUGAUCUCAGGGGUUAUAAGAACUUGCACGGCAUAUAUUUGCUUCGCUGAUGCUGCGCACGGACGCCUGACCUGUGCUCCUGGCUACAACUUUAUUACUAGAAGAGAUGCCCAUUGGAGUUGUGACAUUUUGUUUCCUGUCCAUGUGGCAUUAUUAUUUCUAGCCCAGAACUUGUUCUAUUAUAAUAGUUUUUUGAUGAGUUGUUUUUGUUUACAUUUGAAAAAUGACCACAGUGAAGUAGUAUACCUGAAUUCAUGUGUCUAGGUUCACCGGUUCUUUUGUAGUUGUAUGACGACUGAAGUACAUCUGCACCACAUUGUGUUGAAACGUGAAGAGUACAUAAAAUGGGGUAUUUUGUUUUUA